AUGCAUGAUCGAUGGGUAGUAAGUGCUAUGAAGUCUAUGGCGGAGAACCCAAUAAACACGCAAGUGGUCCACUACAACUUUCUCGAAGGUCACUUGCUAGUCGAUGGCAAGCCGUUGGGAAGACUCCCGCGCGAUUUUCGAGAGUCAGAUGAAGUGAAACAGCUCUUUGGUGAUCAACAUCUCCUCACAUUCCCGUCUGCUGAGUUUGGCAUGUCAUACGUUCUAGCGUCGCGUAUAAGAAACCACGAGAUACACUUUGGUUCUCGAAAUGGGCGCGUCAUCAUCCGUGCUUGGAGUCGGGAUGGGCUGCAGGAAUACAUUCCGUCUCACCUUUUCAUCGGACCUGAGACUUUCGACCUUCCAGAUGGACUCAUCUCCAACUGUGCGCAUUGGCUAAAUCUAAAUACAAAGUGCCUUGAGAUCCGACGCAAGCCUUUCCUGUGGAAGACAAGGGCAAGCGACUGGAAGAUAGACCUUAUUAAACGACAGGCUCAUCGAAGCAAUCGAACGUUACUAGUCGAUCCUAACUCCUCCGUCUCCAAGCAAGUGGCCGACAUUUUUCGCGGUUUUGAAGAUUCACAGAAGAUUACCAUGUUUCAGCCUAUCAACUCAAGGGGAAAGCUAUCUGCGGAACUACGCCAUUUGGAACUCUCGUUCUUCGUGAACCAAAAAGGGCUUCUUGAAUGUCGAGAGCUGAACGAAGAAAUUGAUCCCAAUCAAGACGCUGGCACACUAUACGGUUUCGAGAGCAAAAUCGUACUGCGCGACGUCGCAAACAACACACGCCGCAGCAUCCUAGCACCAUGUGGACCAAUAUCUGCUACACACCAUGGAAUGCAUGUAGCCAUCCGAGCAGCUGCUAGCACUGAUUAUGCAAAAUUUGGAAUUGAUGAUGUGCUUGGGCGUUUGUCGUGCCCUCCUGAGCCGAGACUUCUAUACGCAAAAGCUCAGUUUCAUGCUUAUACAUCAUUUGGUAUACCUGAUCCUUUAACUGGCCGUACGGGCACAGAGGAGGCGUUGCACAUGCUCCAAUCGGGCCAUUGCCAGCCAUGGGAGCCGUUGGGAGGAGGACCACUCAACGUUCUGAAAUCGAUUUCAGAUCUUAGUCCAAAACGGGUAUACUAUCCCCAAGACAAGAAAGUCCUUCAAACUGUUUCCUGGAAUGCAAGAUUUACCAUGACCAUCCAGCAGGAUGCAUACGAAGGGCUUGUGCAGAAGAUACUCGACAAGUCGAACCGUCUUCGGGUCUUUGCUCAGAAUGUAGUGGACAGUGUCAACACCAAUGCAUAUAUCCCAUCUCACCUUCGGAAACGGGGGCUUGCACAGCGUCGCGUCUACGAGCGCAGUGUCGGCGAUCCAACUUGGGCAGCAGCUAGUGAUCGAAUGUACAAGUCUCGUGGCCAGCAAGCCAAUUCGGGACAAGCACGCAAAGUCUAUCAUAUUACAAGCCUUUUUCAAAACAAACCAUUCCAAGUUCACACAAAUCGAGAUCUUUCUACCAUAUUGCAGGAUUGGCAGCUCAUCGGCGGGUUUCAUGAGAUACGCCAGGCCAGCGCCGCGAGCCUGAGCGACAUAGUUGAGAAGAGGGUCGAUGAACAGUGGGGCAGUCUUGUGAACAUGUGUCGCCAUUCCAAUCUCGAAGAACCCUACAGCUUGAUGUUUCGCCUAAGUCUCAUGUCGCUCAACCCGAAAACUGACCUGGAUACCAUUAAGAUCCUGGCAGCGUUUGCGGCUCUACCGACGUUGAGGAACUCAAUGCCUCCCUCCUUUCCUUCAUUCAGCCAUUUUAAGCUCAACGAAUUGCCCAGGCUUGCAAUGGAACGCGUCAUCCCUGAGUGGGAGCGCUUACAUUCAAACUCAUCCCUCUCAGAGUAUGUAGUUCAUGUGCAGGAGAUAUUGCGAUAUCAUGAAGGACAAGGCGAUACAUCAAACCCCAAAGGUUGGGAUUGGGAACAAGAACCAUUCCAAAAGAAAUCACGCGAUCCUGUUGUACCGUCAAUCUCGAAAGAUCUUCUUAGUAAAUCGCUAACAUUACCUUUUGGACGCCAGGUGUACGAGCAGCGACUACCAAUUGACACUAAAUCUCUUACCAAUAAGAAGAAAAACACAAGAGAAAAGAUUCCAAACAAAGAGGCUGUUGAGCUACGCCAGAUUCUUUCCGUUUUUGCGCAGGCAUCGAGCUCUCUCCGCCAGCAGUAUGGGCUUGAUCUGAAGACGAGCCUUGACGCCCUUGAGAAAACCAGUAAUCAUACUCAAGUUUCGCACACAACUUCAAACAUCACAGCCAACGCACGAUGCAUCGAAGACCUCCGAACUAUGGUAGCCACUCACUUGUGUCAGAUCCACGAGACUUUAUCUGAGAACGACGACCGCUUCCCAUGGCUAAAACUUGGAAACCUCUGGCCUUGCACGACUUCGAUCGUGCUUUUAGAGCAACUGCGCUCGAGCUCGUCUUGCAAGUUUGGAGAUUUAACCAAAGAGACAAUCGUGUCACAUGGUAUUCUUAUCACAAAGUUGCAGCGACUGAUGCGGAUUCACGAUGCGUUGUAUCAUGGCAAGGUGAGAAGCUUACAAGAAGAACUUGGAAAUUUCGGCCACGAGAACUGGAGUCCACUGGAAUUGCCUGACUGGCUCCUCCUAGAGAUUGAUAGUGAUAUUUUGAUCCGGCAUGAGCAGGUUGACGUUGCACAUGCAAUUAUUGCGCCAGAUUCGAAGGACAACAUGGUGUUGCAGUUGAAUAUGGGUAAAGGCAAAACAUCGUGUAUUGUUCCUAUGGCAAUGGCGGUGAUAGGAAAUGGCAAGCAGCUCUCGCGUCUCAUCGUACCAAAGCCAUUGCUUUUCCCAACCGCGCAAAUGAUUCAAUCACGACUGGGCGGCAUAGUAGGUCGCGAGAUACGACACGUUCCUUUCUCCCGUAGAACCAACACCGACCCACAAACACUUCAGCUAUACAGAGACCUCCAUCAGGAAACGUUAGAGAGUCGGGGCGUUUUGUUGGUUGCGCCUGAACACCUUCUCUCCUACAAGCUUAGUGGCCUUCAACAUCUUGCCAGCUCCAACUUAGGGACUGCAAGAAAAAUGCUUGAGUUCCAGGCAUAUCUCAACUCGAUUUGCAGGGAUAUCCUAGAUGAAUCAGAUGUUUCAUUGGCAGUGAAAACUCAACUCAUCUACCCGAGCGGCAAGCAGACUUCAGUGGAUGGACACCCGCACCGCUGGAAAGUAGCGCAAUCGCUGCUGUCGCUUGUGAACGAUCACCUUCCCGAGCUUGAACGGAAAUUUCCGCGCAAAAUUGAAGUCCUGAGGCGUGGUCAGGGUUAUCCGGUGAUAUACAUCCUCCAAGCAGACGUGGAGGAAGAUCUUCACCGACGUAUAGUCGACGAAAUUUGUACGGGAAGGACAUCAUUCCUUCGCUUUGCAGAAUGUGAUCCAGACAAAUGCGAUGCGAGCUUGCGUAAAGUGCUCUUAGAACAAAAUUUGGACAAUAAGCUGUUGGAGCGUAUGGCUAAGCUGUUCACCGAUGAGAACGUUGCGCUAAAAACGCUAUUGCUUGUUCGGGGUCUGCUACGUAAUCGGAUCCUGCUUUUUUGUCUAAAAAAACGCUGGAAUGUCCAGUAUGGGUUACACCCUAAGCGAGAUCCGAUGGCAGUGCCCUUCGAAGCAAAAGGCAUUCCUUCCGAGCAGGCUGAAUUUGGGCAUCCUGACGCCGCGAUCCUUCUCACAUGCUUGGCUUUCUAUUACACCGGUCUCAGCCUGAUCCAAUUCCGUGAAGCUCUUCGUCAUGUUCUGGCAUCACAUGACCCUGCUAGAGAGUACGACAGGUGGACUAGCAGUUGCGAUUCGCUUCCGGAGGCUUUGCAUCAUUGGAACGUUAUCAAUUCCGAUGACCAUGAUCAAGUGGGAGAACUCUGGAAGCAUCUUCGAAUGAACAGAGUUGUGCUCGACAGCUACAUGAACCGUUUUGUAUUUCCCACGCACGCCAAACAGUUCGACAUCAAGCUACAGGCUUCUGGAUGGGAUCUACCUUUGUUCUCGCGAACAGGAUUGGACAAGUCACCUAAACAUGCAAGGACGACUGGUUUCAGCGGCACCAACGAUAACAAGAUGAUGCUACCACUCACUAUCCAGCAGAGGGAUCUGCCAAGUUUGCAUCAAACUAAUGCUGAAGUACUUACUUACUUGUUGCAAGAACGAAACUGUGAAUACCAGCUUGUAGCUCAUGCAGGAAAGCGACUAUCCGAAACAGAGUUUCUUGAACAACUCAGGGAUAGGAAUAUCCGCAUUCUCAUCGAUUCUGGCGCCUACAUACUCGAAAUGAGCAACGAAGACUUGGUCAAGGCGUGGAUGGACAUAGAUACUCAGCCACCAGCAGCUGUCUAUUUUGGCACUGACAAUAGAGCCUGGGUGCGAUAUCGUGGUACCAAGGCGCGAGUUCCCCUGCUGGCGACGCCAUUCGUCGACAAUCUAGACAAUUGUCUCGUGUACCUAGAUGAAGCGCACACGCGGGGCAUAGAUCUAAAGCUGCCGCAAUAUGCUUGUGGUGCGCUGACACUUGCUCUAGGGCAGACGAAAGAUCAUACUGUGCAAGCUGCCAUGCGCCUUCGGCAGCUUGCGACUACUCAAUCAGUUUGUUUCUUUGCAUUUCCAGAAACUCAUCAGUCCAUCCUUGACGUUUGUGAAAUGAACGAAGACGACCAAGUCAACUCUUCUCAUGUCAUUCGUUGGUUGUUGGAACAGACGUGCCGUACGAAUGAACAGCUUCAAAAUCUAUAUAUCUCCCAGGGUACUGACUUUUGUAAUCGCAUGAAUGCAGAGUGGGAGGACGCAGCUUUCCUCUCUGAUGUCAAAGACAGGACUGCAUAUGUCGAGGUGCUCCAGCACCCUGAACAGCACACACUUGAACAGCUAUAUGGAGGCUACACGGAACAUACCCAUGGCCCGAUCUCUGUUACGACCACGUUUCCCCAGCUCGAAACUUUCAAGGAAACCCUCAACCAUUUGCGUCUGUCCAUGUCGAACGCAGCAGAUAUCCUUCAUUCCUCUGCGCUAGAGGAGGUAGAACAAGAACGCGAGGUGGAACAUCAAAUCGAAGAGGUGCGUGAGGUGCAGAAAGCCUUAGAUUGUAAAGCCCAUACGUUCCCUGGAAUUCAUCCCGCCAUCUCUAGCUUUGUUAGUACUGGUCGUUUGUGUGGGGACGUGGGAUAUGAACACAUUUUUGAUGCAAUUUCACGCACAUCUAUCGGCGAGAGGUUUGGCAUUGUAGGAACAAAAUCCCGCUUGUUUGUCUCAGUGGAGUUCAUGAAGACGAUCAAGACUGACAAAGGCGGCUUGAUUGAUAACUUUCUGCGUCCCGUUGAAUGGAUUCUUUACAAUCCUAUCACUUUCGACGCACUCAUCAUCAUCAUCGCCGAGGAAGCAGAGAUUUUGAUCCCCCAAAUUCGCACUCAAGCAUUGCCGCCCAAAGUCCAUCUUCUCACGUACUCAGCACCAGUCACAAAGAAGAUGCUACAAUUCAGUCGCCUACGGUACUACUCUGUGCCGGCACUUGAAAGUGGGCACAUCAUUCCGCAAAGCCUCACCAUUGAGCUUGGUAUCUUUGCAGGCCGGUUGUACAUGGAGUACGAGGAAUGUGUUUCUCUAGUAAAGUAUAUCGAUGACGUCAAGAUGAAUGGGCGAUCUGAUGCAACAAUUACCGAAACAAUCAGCUCUAUCCUGGAGUGGACUUCCCUUCGUCGCAGAGGUCAAGACAUCAUGCACACCCCGCUUGGCUACAUGUGCCAGGGUCGUUCACUGGAUAUCGACCAUGCGUUCUUUGUGACCAGCCGUGCUGUUGAUAUUAGUGUGGUCAAUUCAUACCGUACUAGUGGAGCUGCAACUGAGGCACAAGAAGAUGAGGAUGAUGAUGACGAGAAGCGGUAUGAAGCGGAAGAGAUCUAG